AUGAAGACCGCCAGCCGUGCCCAGCCUCGCAGCAGUCCUCCACUGGUCCAGAUGAGGCGCUACACACCCGGAGUGUAUCCUUUCCUGUUCCCGUCGAUCAUCAGCUCCCUGCCGCAGCUGCCACCACCAUCACCGCAGAGGCUACAGAUCCAGCAGCCAUCCAGCAGUGGCAGCACACCCUCGCCUGUUGCCAUUGAAACACAGAGCACCAGUUCUGAGGAGCUCGUCCCCAGCCCGCCGUCCCCGCCGCCCCCUCCCAGAGUCUACAAGCCCUGCUUCGUCUGCCAGGACAAGUCCUCUGGAUACCACUAUGGUGUCAGUGCUUGUGAAGGCUGCAAGGGUUUUUUCCGCCGAAGCAUCCAGAAGAACAUGGUGUACACGUGUCACCGGGACAAGAACUGUAUUAUCAACAAGGUGACGAGGAACCGCUGUCAGUACUGCCGCCUGCAGAAGUGCUUUGGAGUGGGAAUGUCCAAAGAGUCUGUUCGCAAUGACCGGAAUAAGAAGAAGAAGGACAGCCCGAAGCCGGAGCUGGCAGAGAGCUACGAGCUGACGGCAGAGCUGGAGACCAUCAUUGAAAAGAUCCGUAAGGCCCAUCAAGAAACCUUCCCGUCCCUCUGCCAGCUUGGCAAAUACACCACGAACUCGAGCGCAGACCACCGUGUGAGGCUGGACCUGGGCCUGUGGGACAAGUUCAGCGAGCUGGCCACCAAGUGCAUUAUCAAGAUCGUGGAAUUUGCCAAAAGAGUGCCUGGCUUCACAGGGCUGACCAUCGCCGACCAGAUCACGCUCCUGAAAGCUGCCUGCCUGGACAUACUGAUUCUGCGCAUCUGCACGAGGUACACCCCCGACCAGGACACCAUGACCUUUUCGGACGGGCUGACCCUCAACCGGACGCAGAUGCACAACGCCGGCUUCGGCCCGCUCACCGACUUGGUGUUCACUUUUGCCAACCAGCUGUUGCCCAUUGAGAUGGACGACACAGAGACAGGCCUGCUCAGCGCCAUCUGUCUCAUCUCUGGAGACCGUCAGGACCUGGAGGAGCCCUCCAAGGUAGACCAGCUCCAGGAGCCACUCCUGGAAGCUCUGAAGAUCUACGUGAGGAAGCGGCGGCCCAGCAAACCGCACAUGUUCCCCAAAACCCUGAUGAAGAUCACAGACCUGCGCAGCAUCAGCGCUAAAGGAGCAGAGCGGGUCAUCUCUCUGAAGAUGGAGAUCCCAGGUUCCAUGCCACCGCUCAUCCAGGAGAUGCUGGAGAACUCGGAGGGCCAGGAUGGCCAGAGCAGCAGCAGCAGCGGCGGCGGCGGCGGCAGCACCAGCAGCAGCAGCAGCAGCAGCAGCAGCAGCAGCAGCAGCAGCAGCAGCACUUCAGCCGAGGCGGGGGCCAGUCCCAGCAGUAAGGGCAGUCCCAACGAGGACACCGCCGCCGUUGAGUCGCCGGAGUCCUUGGACGCCGAGGGGGCUACGGCCACACCGCCCAGCGACGAGCCGUAG